AAACAGGUUCGUCUGGAGCGGCUGGGACUCAUUUCAAACACUUUCGUACACAUUGAGCUCUGCAGGACGGCGCAGUGACUUCUCCUGGCGACCGAGGAGCUAAAGAGAGGCCCAGCAGGCCAGCAGGGACCGUGAAGGAAGUCCAAAUGUCAGGGAAGUAGCGUUCAUCUGAGAUGCUGAGUUUACAUCUCAAUUUCUGCAGAACCGGGAGAUUCCUUUCAGGGUGGCCAAAGACAAAGCUGUGAACAGAGAGUGCACAAGGACAGGUGCAACUACUAGUUUUACAAAAUGCCUUUGGAGACUCUCCAACACCCAGUGAGACAAACAGCAAGCACUGCUGCUACACCCCCACGCCUGCGGCCCAAGGGGCCAGUGGGGCCAGACUUCUACAGGCAAUUCAAGGCAGUGGCAGGCAGACCAAAGCAGAGUGCGGUGGAGAGGCUGGAAGCAGACAAGGCUAAAUAUGUCAAGAGUCGGGUGGCUCUGUCUAAACCGCAGCCAAUCAGGCCUCCUGAGGUGUGCACACCUCUGCUGAACCCCGUCUCCGCUCUGCGGCCCACCAGGAAGACAACCACCCAGACGAAAACGAAGCAGGAAGAAGUUCAGCUCGACAUGGAGCAUCUGAGUAACCUGAUCAAUGGUGUAAAUGAUGGUGCCACUGCCAACUCUGUGGACAGUAAAGCUCUGGAUGGUGCUGCCGCGUCAGACGGCUCCCCUCGCCUCCCCACACCUGCAGGGGCACAACAGAAAAAGGAAAGGCCGUGUCCGCCCCCUCGCCCGGACUGGUCCAGUCCAGCUAAGGUGAGAUUAAAAACCUCUGGGCCUGCCCGGGUGGAGAGUCCUGGCUCUUCUGGGUUUCCAGCUGCGGGGACCGUACGAAGAGUGGAUGUCAAGCCUCAGGCCAGCCCUGUGAGGACGCCCUGCAGACCACCUCAGUACAUCCGGCAGCCCCUCCAGCCCAUUCCUUUACACCCACAGUUUCCACUCCGCCCAGCUACGUCACACCUGCGUCUCUUCCACACCAGGACGACACUACGCCCUUCCCCUCUGAAACCUGUUGUGGCUCCAUUUAAACCUGACAAUCCUCCCUCCUGUCCAGCUGAAACCCUCGCCCCUGCUCCACCUCCCCCCAGCCUCCCUGCGUUCCCCCCUCUCUCCCCGGCGGUAACCCGUUUGUCCUCCUCCAGCUCCAGGAAACGUCCCUCUCUGACCCGGUCUAAGUCCGACAUGAGUGACCGGUGCUCUCGAGCCGGCACAGAGCUGGAGCGCUUCUUCAACCUGUGUGGUUUGGACCCUGCAGAGCUGCAGUUGACUGGAUCUAGUUCUGACAUUGUGUCCAUGGCCCGUUUCCGCAGCGUGAGCGCUCCGGGGUCCGAGUGUGCAGGCUCUGGUAAAGAAGAUGAAGAGGAGGAGGAUGAGGAUGCUGGCAACGCUGCAGAGCGUGUUCCCUACGGUGUUUCUGUCAUUGAGAGGAAUGCACGAGUAAUCAAAUGGCUGUAUGGACUGCGUCAGGUCAAAGACAAUGCAAGUAAGAGCACAAAUGUAUAAGAUGUUGGUAAAUGUCUUAUAAGAUUUAGAAAAAUAGAGAUUUUAAAUCCUCAAAAUUGAGUGAUGUGGUCCCGUGAUGAAACUGAUGUGAUGGAUGCAAUUAGUCUGCCAAGUAACUUUUUGUCCCCUUGUUUGUUUUUUUAUUUUUCAAAAUUAGAAAUGUUCUGACUUUUUUUGUUAUUGGAAAAACAGAACUCUGAAAAUGACCACGAACAGCAUUAAAG